GGGAUGUGGUUAGGUGAUCAUUGCCGUUUAUGGCGACUGUGAGAAUAAGGUAGUGAGUGUUGUGUAAAUUAUUCCUUAGGCGAAACACGAUGCAGAAUUCGUCAAUUAUCGAUAUAACAUCUAACAACAAUGGCAGUCAGCUCAUUGGAACUGAAAAUCUGAAUGGCAACCGACUGAAUGACCGCAGUGGCUUUAUUUCAUCAAGCGGACCAAAUGGAAAUAAAUUUAUUUUGGAACAUUUUGAUGAAUCUCAACUUGCAGAUGAAGAUUCCGAUUCAGACGAUGGAGUACAGGGAAUGGGCAUGGGAAUGCCUUACGGAAAACUGCCCGGUGCCGGUAGUGCAAAUUGUGCGAAGCCUGGAAAAAAGACCAAAGGACGAGUUAAAAUAAAAAUGGAAUUUAUAGAAAAUAAGUUGAGAAGAUACACAACUUUCAGCAAGAGAAAAACAGGAAUCAUGAAAAAGGCUUAUGAAUUGUCCACAUUGACUGGGACCCAAGUUAUGUUAUUGGUAGCAAGCGAAACUGGACAUGUGUACACUUUUGCAACAAGAAAAUUACAGCCUAUGAUUACAUCAGAGAGUGGAAAAGCAUUAAUUCAAACCUGUUUAAAUUCUCCAGAAGCACCCCCUGGCUCUCAAAUGUCAAUGGAACAACGAAUGAACCCAUCUGGUUUUGAAGAGACAGAAUUAACAUAUGCUGCUGGUGAAGAAGAAGGAAAGCCAGUUGUCUUGGAGCAAAGUCCCAGCAUGUUUCCUGGAAUGUCACUACCUACAACAGAAAAUAAUCAUGCAGCUUCCCAGAAAACCACUUCACCUUCCUCUCAAUCAUUACAUAUUACACAGAGUACAACAUCAACUCCGGUAACAUCAUAUACAAGUUUACCACAAGCCACAUUAGGCAGUAGUUUUUCUGUCAGUUCGUCAUCACCACCAAAAUCAAGUAUAUCAAUGCAGCUUCCAACCAAUUUCAUUCUCCCAGGUACAAAUAUUACAAUUCCUAUACCUGGUGGGCAGCAUGUGGGUACAACAACAUCUUCUGCACCUCAAACAUUAUAUAGGCUACCACAGUCAAAUCAAGUUAUAUCACUCAAUAGUAUGCAUUCUUCAGCGUCAGAAUCAAGUACAGCUACAGUUCAGUCAGUUUCUCUUGCCACACCUUCAGCCUUAGGUUCUAGUACAAACAGUGGAGGUACAGCUGCAACACCUAGUAUAUUGAUGUAUCAGACACCACAGGGUGUUGUAUAUGCUACCCCGACUGCUGCUCUUAAUGAUCGAACAAUCUUUAACUUUCAACAACCUGCCACAGCUAUAUCCGUACCACAAUCAGAUCAAGCAGCAAUGACUGGUGGUCAAAUUAUAACUAUACCUGUUCCAGUUUCUUUAGCUAAUUCAACACAGAUGAUUCAGUUAUCCGCUCCCCCACAAGCAACACAGCAGACACAUCCCAUGGAAGCUGGUGAAAUACCACAUCAACCACCAAGUAAAAAAUCCAGAAAAUAGCAUAAGCUGAAUACUUUCACCAAUGAGAUAGAUUAGAGCUUUGAACAGCUAGUUCAAAUUUUAUAAAAAAUGGACCAGUUCGAAGAAACAAUUCUUGUUAUAUUAUUGAGAACAGUCAAUUUUGUGAAGCCAUCAAGUAAAAGACAACAGAGAGUCAUCAUUGGAAAUUAUAUUGACAGAUUUUAGAAAACACACCUGAGUAUUUUAGCAUUUUAUGUUACAAUAUAAACCAAUGUAUGAAAUUUUCAUGAGAAUACUGGUACAGUCUUUAUUACAUUCUUUAAAAGGAAUUGUUUAAUCGAUUAUAUCUGAGAGUUAUUUUACCUGUCUGGUAUAAUGUUUUGUUUCAUAUUAGAAUGAUUUAAUAAAUGCUUCAAUUUUAUUUUACAAAAAUGUGUAAACAUGUGGUUGUGACCAGUUUAAAUUGCCUUUUAUUUGUUGUUAACAUGGUAACUGUUUUUAAAGCAUAAUGCUAUAUAAUAUUGUUUUGUACAAAGAAAAUACAUGCGCUUUAUUAUUGUGUUUGCUUGUUAGAAAUUUAAGAAUUGACUUAUUGUACAUUGUAAUUCAUAGAUAUUCAAAUAUACUAUGAAAUAUGGUUUAAACUGCCACUCUUACCUGUCGUAAAUUUCAUUGAUAGUGAUCAUGCUUUUAGUGCCUAUAAAAUUCUAUUAAAUAUUUUAUUAUAAGAACAGUAUAAUAUUUGUAUAUAUUUUGUAAAUAUGUAUAUGAUAAAUUGUAAUAUAUUGUAAAUAGUUAAUUUAAUUCUGUUGCCAAAUAAAUGUUGUUAGUGAUGGAUUUUCUUUUUGUUUUAAAAUCUUAAUCAUUCUGUCCUUAUGUGUUCUUUUUAUUUAUUGCCUUGAUUUUUUAUUUGCAUCUUGUCGAAAUUUUUGAGACUUGAAUUGUGUACAAAAUGAUAUAGAUUAUUACACAAAAUUUAACAAAUCUUUGUUUUAACCAGAUGAUUUUGUUCAUUGAUACAAAUUUGAAAUGUAUCAAAAUGUAAUCUUAAGAGUGUCUGAUCAUCAUUUGAGGGCUUUGUAAUCAUUGUUACCAUUCUGUAUCCUUUACAGGCGAUAUAAAUGAAAUAUUGUCAAAACAAACCAACUUGCCUACAUUGUUCUCUCAAAUCUUUUUGAUGGGCCUCUUUUUUAAAAAUACCAUUGAUGUCAACUGUUGACAGGUUUUCAAUUCAUGAUAUAUUUGUAAAUAUUCUUUGGGCUGAUAUUCAUUAAGGUGAUCAACUUCACAGUAUUGUAGUUUGCAAUGAAUUCCUCAAACCCUCAAAUGACAUCAAAAAAUCAGAUAUUGUGAAAAAUGCAAAUGACCAUCAGUGGUUUUAAGUUUCGUUAUUAAUUAUUAAUCCAUUUAGCACAAUUCAAAAAAGAAACAUUUGUUGAAACCUACUUUCUUGAUUGACCAUAAAUGAAAUUUCACUUCAUGAUUUAAUUUGAAUAGAUACUUAGUUCUUCUCAUUUAUUCCAUGCCGUUAUUGGAAAUUGCAUGGUCUUUGUAAACAAAUAGUUUUAUGUUAUACAAAUUACAGAAAAUGUUAAUAGUGCUAGAUAAAUCUUCCUGUUAAUGUAGAUUUGUUCCAUCAUGCUCAUAGCUAUAAUUCUAUUAAUUAUCUUAGGUGAUUAGAACUUAAAUUGUCUCUUAUUCUUUUGUCAAUGAGCUCAUAUUACAAGUUUACUGGUAGUUGUUAUGCUCAGAUGUUUUUAAUUUUAUAAUUUGUCUCUCAAAUAGUUGUUUAUGUUAAGCACUCUCAAUAAUAUACACAUAUAGUUAUGGUUCAUAUUUAUUUUAUAUUCAACUGAGACGUAGAAUUUAUACAUAUACUCACCCUUGUUACUUUAUUAGAAUUAUUUGUUUUGACAUUAAAGCUAACCAAUUUUAUUUAACAAAUAUUAAUUCUUGUAAAUAAAUAUUUUUCUACAAGUUAUUUGCAAACCAAUAUACCAGCCUAAUGCAGACUCAAAGAGAACCAAUGUUCGGACACAACCACAAGAAAAAGUUAUUCACAAACCUAUGAAAUAGACUGUAAUACCAGUCUAAUGAAGGAACUAAGAGAACUAAAUUUAAUGUUCGGAAAAAACCACAAGAAAAAAGAAAUGUCAUAAGUUCAUAUUACAUUAUAUUGUACAUAUCAAUUUCACCAUGGUGCUUUAUAAACAAUGUGUGUUAUAAAACAACUGAUACCAGUGAGUUUAAUGGUACUCUAACGGUAGUAAAUGCCUAUUUUUUUACAUUAAGUUAAUUGGCAAUAAACAACAUGAAAUUCA